UUCCUUUUUUGUAUUGUUAAUCACGACUGCUCUUUGCUUUGAAAGAGAAAAGGAAAAGAAAAUUUUGGGUUUUUUCCCAAGAAAAAGAAAAUGGGAAGAAGGAAGAUUGAGAUGAAGAAGAUAGAGAAUUUGAAUAGCAGGCAAGUAACAUUCUCAAAGAGAAGAAAUGGGCUGUUGAAGAAAGCAAAAGAGUUGUCCAUCUUGUGCGAUGCUGAAGUUGGUGUCAUUAUUUUCUCCGGCACCGGCAAGGUUUAUCAAUGGUCUAGCACCAGCAUGGAAGAAACUCUUUCAAGAUUCAAUAGAGGGAAAGCAAUUGAUGAGUCUUCCGGUGAAGAAAAACCAGAGCCGAACCCUAAACCAAUUGAUGUGAACACUCUGAAAGAGGAGUAUUUAAGGCUGCGUGCUGCAUACAUGUGGUUGAAUGGAAAGGAGCUGGAGGGUAUGAGUUUCAAGGAGCUGCAACAACUGGAGCAUCAAUUAAAUGAAGGGUUAUUCUCAGUUAAAGAGCAUAAGGAGCAACUUCUGCUGGAGCAGCUUAAAAGGUCUAAACUACAGGAGCAGAAAGCUCUUCUUGAGAAGGAGAGCCUACGUAAACAGGUUGAGGAGUUGCAACAAAAAACAAGCUCAAAUUUACUACAACGCAAUCCUCUGCAAAUAACAUUCUCUCCCAACACUUUAAAGGCUGCUUUCGGUUUUGACGACGCAUCAGACGAUGACGACGAUGAAGAUCAUUCCGACACUUCCUUGCACUUGAACUUGGGGUUGUCAUCAGAGGUUGGGCACAAGAGGAAAUUGAGAAAGAUCGAAGCUAUUAGCAAUGAUUCAGGGAGUCAAGUGGCCUCACACUGAUUUCUUUGG